CCGGCUUCUAGCAACUUCACCGGAAGUACAGUCUCACUGGCGGUCCUGCUCGCAAAAGAUUCCGCCUGGCCAACAACAUACACAGCACAGCAAUGGCGACUGAACGUUUCCCUGACAGCCUCAUUGACGAAGACCCACAGAAAGCUCUCGAGGGACUGAACGAGGCCUUACAAGGAGACUCUGACAAUGCUGAGUGGUUGUGCCAGCGUGCCUAUGCCUACAUUCUACUCAAAAACUACACUUGCGCUGUUGAAGACGCCAAGAAAGCCCAGCAGCUCAGUCCAGGCCUUUCCCUCGCUUUCAUGCGAACUGGAGUUGCAGAGUACCACCUGAGCCAAUAUGAGUCAGCCCAUGCAGCCUUCACUCAAGGACACCAACUGGAUGUUUCUGAAAAAGCAUUUGAAAUUUGGAUCAAGCGAUGCGAGGAAAUGUUGGGUGAAAAGACGCAGCAGAACAGCAGCGUGGACACGAAGCCAGCAGGGCCGCAUGUCAAGUACGACUGGUACCAAACAGAAUCUCAAGUCAUUGUCACGAUUAUGGCAAAAAAUGUUCCGAAGGACGGCGUGCGUGUGAACUUCACGGAACAACAGCUCUCAGCCUCAAUAAGACUCUCAUCUGGGGAUAACUACGACCUCAACCUCCACCUUUUGCAUCCCAUCAUCCCACAGCAGAGCACCUUCAGGAUCCUCACCACUAAGGUGGAGAUGAAGAUGAAGAAGACAGAUGCCAUCCGAUGGGAGAAUCUGGAAGGAGAGGGACAGGAAUCCAACAUCAAACACUUCAAUCCCAAUGAGUACCCGUCAUCGUCCCACCACACACGCAAAUGGGACAAAAUGGUGGUGGACAUUAACGAGGAGGAGAAGAAUGAGAAGCUGGAGGGAGAUGCGGCCCUCAACAAGCUCUUCCAGCAGAUCUACUCUGAUGGUUCCGACGAGAUUAAGCGCGCCAUGAACAAGUCUUUUACCGAGUCACAUGGUACGGUCCUGAGUACCAACUGGAAAGAUGUGGGCAAGAGAAAAGUGGACGCGAGCCCACCGGAUGACGUGGAGUUGAGGAAGUACUGAAUCCCACCCCCCCACAACUCCCCCCUUUUUUUUUCACCUCAGUUUGACCUCACCGUUCGCAGCCAACCCCCUUCGAAGUUCAGCAAGCGUUUAUAUAAAAAAAAAAAAAAAAAUCCUCAGUCUCCUCCUCCUUAGCCCAUUCUCUGACCUGUUUCCACCAACUAGUUUAGUUCAUUUCAGUUCAACACACCAUGAUGCAGUUUGGAAGAGUGUAGGUCGGCAGGCGUAGGUUGGUAAUAGCUGCAGUAGCUACAUAUAGUUAGGUUCACAUGUAUUUGCACUUUAUGAUUUUUGCCACCACCACACUGGAUUUGAAAUAAAAAAAAAAUGGUAUAUUUCGCACACAACCAACAGAGCUCAGAACUUCACUUAUUGGAGACAAAACAGGGAUUUGGGGAUGGUUUGAAGUGGCCAAUAACGAUGAAUAAUGAAAAUGUUAUGUUUAUAUAUCCAUUUAUUAAUGAUACUUUUGAGCCCCUGAAAAUGAGGUACGGGGGUGUUGUGGCAGUGGUCAGGAUUCAAACCCACACAAACUGCUGCAUUAGAGUCAUGAGUGAGCUGGAUCCCUAUGCCAGGGAUGGAAGUGGGGUACACCUUGUACUGAUGGCCACUCAAACAAUUCAGGAUUUUAACUCCCCCGUCACACCCAUGGACUAUAUAGAGUCAGUAACCUUAUAUGGAUGUUUUGGGGAUGUAGGAGGGAAGAGUAUCUGCCGCGGUUGAAACCCAAACCUGUACUUGAAACGUCUCACAUUAAAACCCAAGCCCAAAGUUUACCCCUGAUUCACAUCGUCAUUGCUUUAUUUCAAAUAUAUAACAAAUUGGGACUAAAUACUCUCAAGAUAAACCUCCCAACUGUUUGCACAUUUUUUCAACCAGAAAAAAUUAGAGUACCACCGGCUAGCAUAUGUGUUUAAACAAAAACAUGGCUACAUUUUUCACAAUUAAAAAUUAAAACUGCGGCUGCACGGAGGUUUAGUGGUUAGCGUGCAGACCUCACAGCUAGGACACCAGGAUUCAAUUCCACCCUCGCCCAUAUUCAAAACCUACGCCCUCAUGGGAUAACAUGUAAACUCAACAAAGAGAUGCCCAAAUGGAGGUUGAAACCCAAACCCUUUCCAUAUUUACUUGAAAUGUCUCACAUUAAAGCCCAAAGUUUACCCCUGAUACACAUCGCCAUUGCUUUAUAUCAAAUAUAUAACAAAUUGGAACUAAAUCAAGAUAAACCUCCCAACUGUUUGCAAUUUUUUUCAACCAGAAAGCUAGCAUAUGUGUUUAAACAAAAACAUGGCUACAUUUUUCAUUCAUACCGCUUUUCCACACAAGGGUCGUGAGGGGUGCUGGAGCCUAUCCCAGCUGUCUUCAGGCGAGAGGCGGGUACACCCUGGACUGGUGGCCAGCCAAUCACAGGGCACAUAUAGACAAACAACCAUUCACACUCACAUUCAUUCCUAUGGACAAUUUGGAGUCGCUAAUUAACCUAGCAUGUUUUUGGAAUGUGGGAGGAAACCGGAGUUAGAACCUCCUAGCUGUGAGGUCUGCGCGCUAAUCACUUGACCACCGUGCCGCCGGCUACAUUUUUCACAAUUACAAAUUAAACUGCAUACAAAUCGCCGGCCACUUACAUACAGGCCGAAGAAAAUGACUUUCUUUCCACACAGUCAUUCUCAAAAGAAGCGGCCAACAAUUGUCAGCCAUCCUAUUGUUACAGUAGGCUAUACCUUCAACGAUAGCUAAUUGUAGUAGCUUAACCUCGCCAAAUCACUAUCAUUAGCAUUAACAAUUAGUGCAUGUGUGCUUACAUUCACAGAGCGGGAAGAAAGUGGUAUAUAACGCUUGAAGCAUGUUGGAAAUGUAGCGCCCUCUAAGCAGCCACAUAACCGUUGCAAACAGUCCAUGAAGGGGAUAUUAAUGCUCCUUUCCCAUCCAAUUGUUGCAUUGGGAGUAUUGAUUUUCUGUCUACCGCUGCAGUUUGUACCCCAAUGGCAGAGUGCUAGUGGUGAUAUAUAAAAUAUAACACUUUGCAACUCUUGACAAUAGAGAUAUGAUAUGGUACCAUGCCGAACUGAACUGUACUGUGCCGAUUGGUGGAAACAGGGUCUUAUUAUUAUUAAUUUGAAAACUUUGAAUUUGCUUUAUAUGAUUUCUUGAAGGCCAAAUUACUGGAUUAAAAUAUGACUGACAGACAAAACAAUCUAAUUCAAUGUUAAUAUCAGGGGUUUAGGACAUAAUUCACCCCCCACUUUUAAAGCCCUUAUGACUUAUCAGCACAUGUAUAAAAAUGUAUAGUUGACAAUAUAAGGUAAUUUAGAUGUUUUAAACGAUAACUGGGAAUUAUUUUCUUGGCUUCUGCACCCAAGCUCAGCCAGAUAUCACGGCAUCAAUAAGUGGCUUUGCAGCGCUUGUUCAAGUGUGAUUCAAUCCAAGGUCUCAAUAAAAGGUUUACUGUUUGUCUCGCUAA